AUGAUUUUGGAAGUUGAUUUGGAAUAUCCUAAAGAAUUACAUGAGUUGCAUAAUGAUUAUCCUCUAGCUGUGGAGAAAAUGAAAGUUACCAAAGAAAUGCUUUCUCCUUAUUGCAAAAAUAUUCAGGAGCAGUUUGGAAUAAGUAUUGGCCAGGUUGCUAAGCUAAUUCCAUCACUAGCCAGUAAAAAGAAUUAUGUGUUACACUACAGAAAUUUGCAACUCUAUUUAUCUCUUGGUCUUAAAUUGAAGAAAGUACACAGGGUAUUAGAAUUUGACCAGUCUCCCUGGUUCGCACAUUACAUUAAUUUUAACACCCAAAAGAGGAUGAAUGCUAGGAAUGCAUUUGAGAAGGACUUUUUUAAACUAUUAAAUAAUUCCGUAUUCGGAAAAACAAUGGAAAACAUAAGAAAGCGUGUUGACGUGAGAUUAGUGACUGAUCAAAAGAAGUUGUCUAAACUUGUGAGUAAGCCGACGUUUCUUAAUAGUAAGAUCUUUAGUGAGGACCUUGUGGCGGUUCAUAAGAUCAAAGAAACACUAACACUCGACCGGCCAGCUUACGUGGGUAUGUGCAUUUUGGAUUUAUCAAAAACUCUCAUGUAUGACUUUCACUAUAAUUAUAUCAAAAGUAGGUACAAUAAUAAGGCUAAACUAUUAUUCACUGAUACAGACAGUCUUUGUUAUGAGAUUAAGACAAGGGAUGUUUGUAAGGAACUUUGGGAGGACAAACAAUUAUUUGACAAUAGUGAUUACCCCAAGGAUAGUCCAUACUUUAGUGCGGAGAAUAAGAAAGUUAUCGGCAAAUUUAAAGAUGAAGCAGCUGGCAUGCCAAUCAGAGAAUUUAUUGGUCUUCGAAGUAAAAUGUAUUCUUAUGUGAAAGAUAAUGGUAAAAAUGAGAAGACAGCCAAGGGAGUCAAAAUAUGUUAUCAAAAAGAAUAUCACACAUGA